UAUUGUAUUACCUUGAGCUCUGUUCUCAUCUAUUUGCCGGCGUCUAUUUGCUGACUUGGCUUCUGCUAUUCUCGCCGGUAGAUCAAAGUUGCCCACCAUGUAUAUGUUCAAGUUUCUCGCUACCGCUUGGAUUUGUUUUGUUCAAGUUGCUCUUGCAAACCCGGGAGUUGCGUUCACCAAGUGGCCAGACACUGUUUACACUGAAAAACCUACCAACAUUUACUGGGCCAGUGAAUCCAAUAGCGUAAGGUCCCCGGUCUUCCCUAUUAAUUAAUCAAAUCCUAACCUUUAUUUCGUGUAGCCUGUAACCAUUACCUUGCGCAAAGGCGAAUCCGGAAACCUCCAAACCAUGAAAGUCUUGACAACACAGGCCACAGGUGGUGCCUUCACAUGGACUCCAGACAAGUCUCUCCCUGAAGGAACUGAUUACGCCCUGCAAAUCGAUCAAAAUGGCGAUAUCAACUACUCAGGUCUGAUGACACUCGCAAAGGAGCCAGGUAAAGAGCCUAAGCCCGCUCCUUCCAGGCAGAUCCCUACAGCCUCAACCUCUCCUCUUGGUGGCAUCGGAACAGGUGUUGCGAAGGGUAACAAUGGACAUAUUACACUGAAUCCAUCCUCCUCUCGCUUCAAUGCGACUUCCAACAAAAGCACUUCGGAAAAGUUCACAGGGGGUGCUUCCUUGAAUUACCUUUCUCUGGAGUUAGCUCUGAGUAUUGUGGCUGCCAUUGCCGUCUUUGCGGUUUAGAGGAGAGUCAUGACAAGACUUUCUCUAGGAUGUGUUCUAAAAUCCCACACAAAAAUACCCGAAUGUCCGCAAGGUAGUCUCCAGUGUUAAGGUGUAUGUAUAUAUUUAGGGCCGGAAUUAUUCGUAUACAGUUCGUUGCAGGCGCCACUGCGGUGCG